GUGUCCCCAGGUCGCCCCUCCUCCAGUCGCCAGUCCUGGCCCCAGCACCGCCUCCCGUGCUCUCUGACCCUCUCCUCCAAGCCUUCCGCUGAUCCCGGACGGGAACGCGGGCUGGCACCCCAGCCUCACACUCUGAUCCAGUUGCAGUCACCUGGUCCCGCCCCCGCAGCCAAAAUCGAAGUCCUAGAGUCCAAGGACUUCGCCGGCUAGACGGCGCCGGGACUGCAGGAGGGCAGGUAAAGGGCGCGAGCUCCCUCCUGCGUGCCCGGUCCCCGCUCCCACCCCCGACCCGGAAGCCGCCCCUCCGGGCUCAGCCCGACUGGGCCACGCCAGAGGCCAGAGCUCUGGAUAGCCCAGGACGCUGCGUGGACCCGCCGUUGAGGGGCUGCCGCGCUGAGCGCCCCCCACCCGGUCAACCCCUUUCAGAGAGUCCUUAUAGAUUUUACCCCCUUUGCAUGUGAGUCAUGGCAGCUCCCAUGAAGGGCCAAGUGUGCGUGGUGACCGGUGCUUCCAGAGGUAUUGGCCGCGGCAUCGCCUUGCAACUCUGCCAGGCAGGUGCCACAGUUUACAUCACUGGCCGCCAUAUGGACACGCUGCGGGCCACUGCUGAGGAGGCACAGUCUCGAGGGGGCCAGUGUGUGCCUGUGGUAUGUGAUUCAAGCCAGGAGAGUGAAGUGCAAAGCCUGUUUGAGCAAGUGGAUCGGGAACAGCAGGGGCGUCUGGAUGUGCUGGUCAACAACGCCUACGCUGGGGUCCUGGCAAUUAUAAAGAACACUAAGAAGGCAUUCUGGGAAAGCCCUGCCUCCAUCUGGGAUGAUAUCAACAAUGUGGGACUCAGAGGUCACUACUUGUGCUCAGUGUAUGGAGCACGGCUCAUGGUACCAGCUGGCCGGGGACUCAUCGUGGUCAUCUCCUCCAUCGGGGGGCUGCAGUAUCUCUUCAAUGUCCCCUAUGGUGUUGGCAAAGCUGCGUGCGACAGGCUGGCUGCUGACUGUGCCCAGGAGCUGCGGUGCCACGGGGUCAGCUAUGUGUCUCUGUGGCCAGGGUUGGUGCAGACAGAACUACUGAAGGAGGUUGUGAUGAAAAACAACAACGCUGAUGAUCCCCUGUUGAAGCAGUUCAGAUCUGAUUUCAGCUCUGCAGAGACCACAGAAAUGAGUGGCAAAUGUGUGGUGGCUUUGGCAACAGACCCCAAUAUCCUGAGCCUGAGUGGGAAGGUGCUGCCAUCUUGUGACCUUGCUCGACGCUAUGGCCUUCGGGAUGUGGAUGGCCGCCCCAUCCAAGACUAUUUGUCUUUGAGCUCAGUUCUCUCUCAUGUCUCCACCAUGGGCUGGCUGGCCUCCUACUUGCCUGGCUUCCUCCGUAUGCCCAAGUGGAUUAUGACCCUCUACACUAGCAAAUUCUAACCCUCCUGGCCUGACCUCACAACUGUUCUCCCUUGGGCUAUGUGGUAGGGCCUGACUCCGUGAAACAAGUCAGCCUCUCCUGCCUACCUCAUACCCUUGAUAUGAAGAGAAGACCUCCACUGUAUGUCCUGGGUGAGCCCUCGGGGCCCUUAGAUACUUCUUUAUGCCUUAAUUUUACUUGCCCCUACAUUUUACUUUUUGCCUUAGUAUUGAAAAACAUCCUGCAGGCUAAUAAAAGUCUCAUUUCUCUUUCAACAAA